AUGCAACAGCUCCCCCACGCAGCCGGUGCAUCAACGUGGCAGCCACCCGCCGGCACAGCAACAGCAACUGCAGCAGCAGCAGCGACGCAGUACCCAAUCGCUCCCGUAUUGCCGCAUUUCGGUUUGCGCCACGAGGCUGCUGCAGACCCCCAACCGCAGCAGCAGCACAGCGCAGCUGCUCAGCAGGUGACGAGUUCUUAUGCUGCUACUGAGGCCUACCUAGCAGGGGCUCCAGAGUAUUCAAACGACUACGAAGCUGCAUGCGCUUCAAUGAUGUGGCAAGCAACGCGCCACGGGCCUGAGCUGCCUGCUGCUGCAGUGUACGCGGCCGGGCCUGGCUGGCAUUUGACAGACCCGCAGCAGCAGCAGCAGCACCACCACGGCAGCAACGGGUUGCUGCAAGGAAGCAGCACGCGAGGCGUUGCUCUGCCUCUGCUGCGCACAUCACUUCGCAGCUCAGAUCCUACCCUGCAAACCGGGGAGCUCGGCAACUCCCUUGGAGCAGCAGCAGCAGGGCGGGACUCUCAGACGAAAGAGAUCGCUCAACUCGUGCGCGUAGCAGACGCAAUCGAAUCUCUUCUGGGCGCCUCAGCGAAACGCCGAACGACAGAACCCUUCAGCAGCAGCAGCAGCAGCAGCAGCAGCAGCACAGGGGAUGCAUGCAGCGCGGGUUGUCCUGCUGCAACAGCUGCUGGUGCGGCAGCAGACAGCAGUAAGUUCAAUACUUUGCUUAAUACCAACAGCGCGUAUCACAGAAUUUCCACAAUGCAUAAAGACGUAGGUGAGGGAGGUGCCGGAAGCAGCAACGCAGCACAGCAAGGUGCCCCUAAAGAGCAAGCGUUGUUAUGCUCGAAGGCCGAAGCAAAACCCCUUAGCAAGAGCGAAACAGCAACUGAGAAAUAUCCCCCAGCUAAACGGAAUUGGCAUGCAGCUGAGGAGGGGUCACAAGAGGCGGAGGAAGGGGAUAUGAAGAGGCGCAGUGCUGUUGCUGCUGCUGCUGCUGCUGCUUUUCCCAUGGAAGCUGCAAAGAAGACGCGGACAAAUCUCAUGACGAACAUUCUCUUGCUGGUGUGCAGGCAGGGAGGCUCUCGUGCAGACUUUGAAGCGACGCUGGAGGCCACCAAACAAAUUCGUUCGGUGUUCUGCCCUCACGUCGUUAACUUCUUCGAAGUUCACCUCGUGGGAGACCUCGUGUGCGAGUCGGACUUGAACCUUAAAAUAGAAGGACAGCUGCUGUUGAAGGUCGCAGUUUCUCCGCUUCGGAUUAAGCCAGAGGAUUCUACAAACACGCGAGCAGGUCAAGUGCAGCAACAGCAGCAGCAGCGGGAGGGAGGAGAGGGGCAGAAACGAAAGCGGAAAUCAAAUGAAUCGACAGGCAACACGGGCUUCUCUUUGCACUUAUCCCUACAGAAAGGCGGGCCAAGAGCGGCCCCCUUUGCCUCUGCAGCUCUGAGACCCUCUAGCUCAGCUGCUCCAGCAGCAGCAAAUCGCAGUAGCAGCAGCAGCAGCAAAGGUUGCCAGCAGCAACAAUGCACGCCGCUGCAACAACGAAUCAAGGCGAAGCGCCCAAGUGAUAAAACGGAAAUCCACGCAUUCCCUGGCACUCCUGAGAUGCCCUCCGAUAGCAGUUCUCUCACGACCUAUGUGCAAUAUACUCAUAGAGGAGAUGCCGUCUCCUCUUCAGCAUCACCGGGGAGCCCAAAUAGUGAGAACGUUGGGGGCCCCCAACGCAGCAAACGAAAACCGGCACCGGCGGCUCCACCCAACCGUGGCGGCCCGGAAGACACAAAGAAGCUUAAGGCGAGAAACAAAGGCCUACUCAAAAAGGAGCUCUGA